AUGGAAGAUUUAAAAUUUAAAAUUUUUGUUGAGUCAAGAAACAAAAACAACGCCCGUAAAAAUAAUUACAAACACUUUAACAAAUUCAAAUUAAUAACUACAGUAUUGCCCUCCAAUCAAAAUGCUGCAACCAAUGCUACAACUACGGCUAUCACGACGACGUCGGCUAUCAUACAAUCAACUGGAGGUGGGGAUAGCAGCAGCAUACCCACCACCACACAAUAUAAUGGAAGUAUCGGUAAUAAUAAUGGAAAUAAUAACGGAGGCGGAUUUAAAAAGCCAUUUGAAACAGUAUCUAUUGCUCCCCCGACAUUUACAAAUCCGAAUCAAGGCAACAAUCCUACCAUUGCUCUAAAACCUAUUUCUACUGGGAAUGUAGCUGGAGCAGCUGCACCUGCGGCUACAACUACGCAAACCCCGAAAGAUAUACUUCCCAAUUUUCCGCCUCCUACGAGUUCAAGUUCGGGAAUCAGCGGCAAUAAUAAUAAUCAACCAAAUUCACCCGCAUCAGCUACCAAUAGCUAUCAGCCAAAUUCACAGCAAGUCAAUGCCGGAAAUAAUUUACCUGCAACUGCUAAUAGUGUUCAGCCAAAUUCACAGCAAGUCAAUGCCGGAGAUAAUUCACCUGCGACUGCUAAUAGUGUUCAACCAAAUUCACAGCAAGUCAAUUCCGGAAAUAAUUCACCUGCAACUACUAAUAGUGUUCAGCCAAAUUCACAGCAAGUCAGUGCCGGAAAUAAUUCACCUGCAGCUACUAAUAGUGUUCAGCCAAAUUCACAGCAAAUCAAUGCCGGAAAUAACGAUAAUCCUGCACCGGUAAGUGCUAAGAGUUCGCCUGCAUCAGUAAGUGUUGAAAAUAUAACCACAGUUCCAUAUCAAUCUGUUCAGCAAACCAUUAAGACUGAAAGUAAAAAUGACAACUCGAAUUCUCGGAUAAAAUCCCAAAAAGAAGGGCCUACACAAACAAUUACUGAGAAUAAUUCACCUAAUUUACAGGGAAAUCAAAAUUCUGUUAAAAUUUCACCCAGUACGAUCACCUCUGUAAAAUAUUUUACAUCCACUUUAGCAACUUCCGCCACGCUAUUAAUUACUACCACUGAAAAUUCUUCCACGAAAGUAGUUACCACUAUUGUGGCUUCAUCUAAAGUUGUUGUUUCGUCAUCUAAAGUUGUAGUUGUUACAACAAAUAAUAUUUCACCUAAUAGCAAUGGUCUUAUUUCAAGUGCUGAUCCAUUUCUUCUCAUUGAUGGAAUAUUUGAAAAUAUAAUAGUGACUUUAUUCAUCACUUUCGGCUUAGGCUUGAUUUUUAUUUGA